AUGGGAUCGAUUGAAACCCCACGACAAGAAACUCACGAUGUUCUCAUCAUUGGUGCCGGUCUCUCUGGGGUCUGCGCCCUUUACCAUGUCAGAGAGCGUUUCCCAUCCUGGAACGUAGGUCUUCUAGAAGCAGGCACUGACGUUGGUGGUACCUGGUACUGGAAUCGCUAUCCUGGUGCACGUUUUGAUUCAGAGUCCAUCUCGUACGCUUUCUCAUGGGACAAGGAGCUUCUACAAGACUGGCAUUGGAAGGAAGCCUUCUCUCCUCAGCCAGAGACUCUCAAGUACAUUCAACUUGUGGCUGACAAACACAACCUCCGUAAAGACAUUAAAUUUGGUGUGCGCGUGAAAUCUGCCACCUGGAAUGAAGCAGACAAUACGUGGGUGUUCCUGGAUGAGUCAGGAAACUCGCACAAAACGACUUUCUUCAUCAGUUGCCUGGGGUUUUUAUCUGCGCCCACGCUACCGAGAAUUCCCGGCAUUGACAAAUUCCAUGGAGAGAAAUUUCACACUUCUCGAUGGCCUCACGAUUUCAUAAUGAGCCGUGACUUUGCUGGCAAGCAAAUAGGAGUCGUCGGUACAGGUGCGACUGGGAUUCAAGCUAUCACGGAAAUAGCAAAGGAGCCAACUAUCAGAUCCCUUCAUGUCUUUCAGCGGACGGCAAACUGGUCCGCACCCCUGCGGAAUACAGAAAUCACUUCAGAACAGAUGGCAUACUACAGGUCUGAGUAUGACAGUAUAUUUCAACGCUGCGCUCAGACUCCAAUGUGUUUCAUCCACGAAGCCGAUCCUAGGAAGUCCUCUGAUGUCACGGAUGAAGAACGAAUGCAACUAUGGGAGUCGAUCUAUGGCCAACCUGGGUUUGGCAAGUGGUUGGGGGCAUUCAGGGAUACCUAUGUGGACCGUGAAGCGAACAAGCUUUACUCGGAUUUCAUGGAGAACAAGAUCCGUCAAAGAGUCCACGAUCCUACGGUGGCAGAGAAGUUGAUCCCUAAAAGUCACGGUUUCGGAACCCGAAGAGUGCCACUAGAGAGUGGAUAUUUUGAAGCCUAUAAUAAGCCAAACAUUCACCUGGUCGACCUUCAGGAGACCCCUAUUGAUAAGAUCACUCCCUCAGGAAUCUCGACCUCAGACGGCACAGACUACGAGUUAGAUGUCAUGGUGUUCGCAACUGGAUUUGAUGCAAUAACAGGAGCGUUCAACGCAAUCGACUGGCAUGCCAAGGACGGUCGACCCCUUGUAGGGAGUAGCGAUACGGAGAAAGGUCAAGAUGCUAUAUGGAUCGACCACAAACCGAAAACUUUCCUUGGUAUUACUGCACCAGCGAUGCCAAAUAUGUUCAUGGUGUUAGGCCCCCACCAACCAUUCGGCAAUGCCACGCGCAGUAUCGAACAUGCAGUGCUCGUCAUCUGCGAGCUACUGCAGUAUUGUAAAGACAACCACUACAGACAUGUCGAGCCGACACAGGAAGCGGUGGACGAAUGGACCGAGCAUGUCCACGAGUGCGCCAAAGGUGCACUGUCCAAUGAGGUCGAUAGCUGGAUGACUGGAGUGAACAAGAAUGUUGCCGGAAAAACCACGCGCAGUGUGGCCAGAUAUGCGGGCAGUGCCAUUGAGUUUCGUAGGCGCUGCGAGGAGUGCAGGGCAUCCGGUUGGAAAGGUCUGGUCUUCUCAUAG